UGGAUACCAACCGCCAUAAAAGACAUAAAGAAGUUGCACAACAAGAUAAAAACAGUAGGCUUAUUUUAAAGAUAUGUGUGUAUUCUUUUGAAUCAAAUUAAAGUUGUGCUAGGAUAUCUAUAUUAGUAUUAGUUAUAUUAGUAUAGUAUAGUAUUGAGAUUUAUUUUCGAAACCAGAAAUUUACCAGCGUAAAAACGCAUGCGUUUUACUGCAUACCAUGGAGUUUGGUCUAUUUUAAAUAUGUAUUUGUAGUAGUAGUAGUAGUAGUAGUAGUAGUUGAUAGUAAUGAUAUGUUUAAAGAUUUAUGGUUGACUAAAAGCAGAAUGCAGUGUGUGAAGGUAAAGGUGGAGAUUAAUGUGCUGCUCGUGGCAGUGACUGCUGUUGCGCUCUUCACGAGACUCUAUGACAUUCAGUUUCCUAAAGCUGUAGUGUUUGAUGAAGUCUUUUAUGGGCAGUUCUUAUCUCUAUACAUGAAACGAGUGCAUUUUAUUGACGAAAGUGCUCCACCUUUUGGCCACAUGAUAUUAGCUUUAGGAGGUUAUUUAGGAGGAUUUGACGGCAACUUUGUUUGGAAUAGAAUUGGAGCAGAAUACAGCAGUAAUGUUCCUGUUUGGAGCCUACGGAUUAUUCCUGCCAUUGCUGGCUCAUUGUGUUUGCCACUGGGUUAUCUCCUGGUGCUGGAGCUGGGAUAUAAACAUCUCACAGCAUUAGGAGCCUCGGUGCUCCUCCUCACGGAAAAUUCCCUGAUUGUGCAGUCACGUUUCAUGUUGCUGGAUUCUGUUUUGAUCUUUUUUUUGCUGCUAGCUGUGCUGUCAUACCUGCGCUUUCACAAAGCACACGAUUCAUCAUUCAGGUGGUUUUGGCUGGUGAUGUCUGGGGUCAGUUGUGCAUGUGCAGUCGGAGUAAAGUACAUGGGUAUGUUCACAUAUUUUCUCCUGCUCGCUCUAGCAGUUGUACACAUCUGGCAACUUCUUGGAGAUCGAAGAUUAAGCAAUGUGAGUACUGGUUAUAAAGUUUCAGUGGAUUUCACAUGUUUUGAUUUUCUGUUUUUAAUUGUUUUACUGCGUUUCUGCGACAAGGCCAAAGUAGCAGCUGAGGUGUUGGUUCGUUUCCUUGCCCUUGUGGUUUUACCCGUCGUCAUGUACCUCGGCUUUUUCUACGUUCAUCUUACCCUGCUUUACCGCAGUGGACCACACGAUCAGAUGAUGAGCAGUGCUUUUCAAGCAAGCCUGGAGGGUGGUCUUGCCAGGAUCACUCAUGGGCAGCCUUUGGAGAUGGCAUUCGGUUCCCAGGUUACUCUCCGCACUUUGUCCAGCAAACCGGUACCAUGUUGGCUUCAUUCCCACAAGGCUAACUAUCCAGUUAGGUAUGAAAAUGGACGCGGCAGCUCGCACCAACAGCAGGUGACCUGCUAUCCUUUCAAAGAUGUCAACAAUUGGUGGAUUAUUAAGGACCCUGGCCGCCACAGUCUGGUGGUAAACAGCCCUCCCAAACCGGUCAGACACGGCGACGUUAUUCAGUUGGUACAUGGGAUGACAUCUCGCUACCUCAACACACAUGAUGUUGCUGCACCCAUGAGCCCUCACCUACAGGAAGUGUCUGGUUAUAUUGAUUUUAAUGUCUCUAUGCUGGCUCAGAAUCUAUGGCGAGUGGACAUCACUAACAGAGAGUCUGAUAGAGAGAUCUGGAAGACGAUUUUAUCAGAGGUGCGACUUGUUCACGUCAACACUUCAGCUGUUCUCAAGCUCAGUGGCGUCUCUCUGCCGGAGUGGGGUUUCAAACAGCUGGAGGUGGUCGGAGAUAAGAUUAAUAAAGCCUACCAGCAGACGGGCAUCUGGAAUGUGGAGGAACAUCGCUAUGGAAGAAGUCAGGAACAGAUGGAGAGGGAGUUGGAGCUGAAAUCACCUACUCACAGUGACAUCACAAAAAACCUCACUUUCAUGGCCAAAUUUCUUGAGCUGCAGUGGAAGAUGAUGACAGUGAAGAAUGAAGAGUCUGAGCACAAGUACAGCUCAUCACCUCUUGAAUGGAUUACCUUGGAUACAAACAUUGCAUACUGGCUUCAUCCUUCAACUAAUGCACAAAUUCAGUUGAUUGGGAAUCUUGUUACUUGGACCACAGGAAACAUUGCACUGGCAGUUUACUCUCUUUUGCUCUUAAUCUACUUAUUAAGGCGACGAAGAAAAGUCCUGGACAUUUCUGAAGAUUCUUGGGAGCAGCUGGUUUUGGCGGGUGUAGUGACUAUCGGAGGCUGGUCGGUUAAUUACGUGCCGUUCUUUCUAAUGGAGAAGACUUUGUUUCUGUACCACUAUCUUCCAGCGCUUACAUUCAAGGUCUUGCAGAUACCUAUAGUUGUCGAGCACGUGUACACUCACGUAUUGAGAUCCCCAGCUCAACAGAAGUCAUUUGUUGGUGUUAUUCUGGCAGUCCUUACUUCAAUAUUUGUGUGCCACCACAAUUUGAGUCCUCUUACUUACGGUCAGCCUGCACUGACCUCAGAUCAGCUGACUGCACUAUGUUGGAAAGAGAGCUGGGAUCUUCUUCUUCGAAGACGCUGAAAGAAUAGGACCUUCAGUCUUUGUUACAAAAUUGGGGUCUUUUAGGGUCUCGUACCCCAAACAUAAAAAUGUAAAACUUCUCUACAAUGAAAACUCUGCUGCUGCUGCUGCUGCUCAGUAUUAAAUCAACUAUUUUCAUAAAAUCACCUGUGGGAUUAUUGUUUCUGUUCCCAUCGAGGACGCUCCAGUAUGUGGGAUUUUAUAAUGUUCAGUGAUGUCACCUGCUGCCAUUAUGAGACCCGUUCAUAUUUAUGCCGUUUUCCGCUUCAUUGUGGCUUCUUCAGAAUGCAUUCUGGGAAACUUGGCUGUCCACACAAGUCCACACCUCCCAAUUUAUCCUCGAUUAAAGAGGCGAAUCCGGGAAUUCGAUGUGAACUUAGAAUGGGAAUAGUACCUGGGCAGCGACUGAUGAUGUUUUACAAGUACAGACGAGAACGCUUUAUGAGAAACAGCCUACGUCUCUUUAAAUACCGUACACAACAGUCAGUGGAUUUGUUUAUCUUUAUGAUACAGUUUGUCGUCUCUGAGCUGCUCAAACAAACAACUCUUUGUUUACAUCAUAUGUCUGCCUGUCCUUCAUCUCUGUUUUGUAGUUUGUCAAGUUGUAGUCCUGUUCACAUGUGUUGUAUUACUGAUGAGCAUCACUUGUUUCUUGUGUAACAGAUGUCUCCUUUGGGGCUCCUCCAUUACGGUUUUAUUAAAAACUUUUUUGCACUUGGA